AUGACUACCACCACUCUUGAAUGUACUCGUGCAGCCCCUUUCACCUCUAAUAUUGGAAUGAUGGUGGAUACUUCCUCAGUACGAACCUCAUUGAGCUCUUCUCCAACCUCCUCAUCAUCCACCUCCUCAUCAUCCUCUCAUAAAAAGCAUUCUCCCUUGUUUGAGAGAAGACACUUGACUCAACCCUUAUCCGUUUCAUUGAAACCUUCUCCUUCAUCCUCAUCUUCCAACAAGUCUUUGAAUGGUCCAACCAAUUUGAAACCAACCUUUCACCUCUCUCAAUAUUACACACGAGACGAAAUUGAAGAAAUUUACUUCCAUUGGAUUGAAAAUACUCAUUAUAUCAAACUCUAUGAAUAA